GACCACCCUCCCCCUCACUCCCCUCCCUCCUCCACUUGUUCCUGUAGCAUGUCUGUGUGUCUCAAUCGGUCUAUGGAGCACAAUGGAUGGCAGGCAUGAUCUCCCCGACGUACCUCGGUCUGAACCCGUUUUCCCUCCGUUCUCGCAGGAGCUUCCUUCCUCUCCACCCUCAAUAGCCUCCGAUGUGGGCUUUCGACGCAAACCCAAGAAGCCUCCCCCGGUCACUCCCCGGUCAUUCCGGAGGUUCUUCACGCCUCGUUCUAUGCUGGAUGGUGGGAACAGUGCCAGUUCGGUCAGAACCAAUCGGCAGGCCUUAAAGGCCCUUAGUUCCCCGGCCGUCAAUCGUCUGGGGCCCGCCUUUACAAGGACAUCUAAGGCCGUUGAACAUCGACCGGAGGCUCACGAACUUCUACGAACCCCCAGUCGGAAACGCAAACUUUCAUUCUCGUCAAUCGGCUCUCCGUUGCAGUCGUCCCCACUUAGAAAGGUUCAUGUCCGAAAUACAGUCCAGGAUGACGCAGAGGUGGAAAAGCCAGUUCGGGAUAUCCAACUUAAUGUUGAACCACGUGCGGACGAUAUCAAGUCAACUACUAUCACCAAACCUUCUCGACAAGUUCUCCCAGUCCGCCGCUCGCAAGCAUUGCAAACAUCCGGAGCGCUGUAUAUGCGAAGUGUUGCAGGGACUCGAGCAAAUCGAGUGACCAUACGAUCCAACUCGGGAGCUGGUUGGCAGGACUUGACAUCGGACUUCUAUUCUCGACCAAGCGAUAGCCACAAUUGCGCCAACAAUUCCGGAGAUCGCUAUGUUCUUCCGUUCUGCACUGCAGCAUGCAAUACCAACAGCCUUGUUGCAGUAGGUGAUGAGGAGGGAGGCAUUCGACUGUUGGAUUCUGCCAAAGACGAUAAGAGCGGCUUUUCCCGGGCAUAUCUCACCUUCCGUCCCCACACGAACUCGAUAAUGGACCUGGAAUUUUCGUCCGAUGAUAUGCUCCUUGCAACCGCCUCGGGAGACCAGACAGCACUGGUUAUCGACAUGGCUACGCAAACCCCGGUAUAUUGCUUAUCCAACCAUGUGUCCUCCGUCAAGCGAGUCCAGUUUCAGCCAGCAGCCAACAACAAAGUACUUGCGACAUGUAGUCGUGAUGGUAAUGUCAAUAUAUGGGAUCUUCGAUGCAAAGGAUUCGAUAGGCCCAGUCUGCAGGCGCGGUGCUCGCUUGAGUCCGACGCAGAACCUACCGCUGGCGCCAUCACCUCCAAAACGGCGUUUCCGCAGGUCUUGAGUACUAUCCACGGUGCCCAUGCCUGGACGUCUCACACAUCUAUGCUGGAACCCCAGGCCCGCCGCUCGGACAUCACUGUGACUUCGUUGGCUUUUCUUCCGCCUGGUCGUGAGAACCUCUUUGUUACAGCUUCGAGUACCAACGCUUGUGUGAGACUAUGGGAUCUGCGUACAGCACAUAACAACCGUCGUGGUCGUCCGGUCCUCCCUCUAGCUACUACUCGACAGCCGGAAAGCCAUAUCAAGUAUCGCGGGUUUGCGGUUACAUCGAUGGCCCUCGGUGGAGACGGUGCAAGACUUUACACGCUCUGCCGAGAUGGUACUGUCUACACAUACUCAACUUCACACCUAGUCUUGGGAAGUGCACCCGAGCUGUCUUUGAACAACAAUCGACCACGCCGCUCAGGCGGGUCUGAUAAAGAAGGGCUCGGACCUCUAUACGGCUUCCGCCAUCCACGUCUCCAGGUUGCAACUUUCUACGUUAAAGUCGGAGUCCGCAAAGCCGCUGGUGACAAGCCAGAAAUGCUAGCUGCCGGAAGCGCUGACAAUUGCGCUGUCAUAUUCCCAACGGACGAGAAAUUCCUCUCCAAUGAUCAAAGAGCAACCACCGAGGAUGACUUCCUUCCUCCGAUGCCGUCGUCGUCCACUCGCUCCGGCCUCCGCCGUGCCAACUCAGGACGGGUGGAAGACACCGUUCCCAUCUACCAGUCCGGAACACCUCUAGUCGGAGGUCACGUGAAAGAAGUCUCCGCCGUGUCAUGGACCGUCGACGGCGAACUAGUCACAGUUAGUGACGACUACAGUGCUCGAUGCUGGCGCGAGGGACCCGAAGCCAGAGACCUCCGAACCAGUGGAGAGGCAGAAGGGAAGAGAUGGCGUUGUGGCUGGGCGGAAACCAAAGACUCCUAUGACGACGAAGAUGAAUGACCUUUCCGGACUACGUAACUGUUUCCUUUGUUUGAUUUCACCAUUGUUGCAUGCAUUGCAUGGCGUUGAGGCAUAAUGCUCUAUUUAGCGGGUGUUUGGAUUCUGUUCUUUUGCAGAUGGUACUACUACAGUGUUUCAUAGCGUCGGAUAUUCUUGCAUGGCAACGAGGACCCCAGUUGUCUUAUAAUGGGGAUUAACAUAUGACUUAUUAUUUACUGC